GUUUCGUUCAAUUGAAGUCAAGCAUCCGCAGGUAGCAGAGCAUUAUUGCUUAACGUAAAAAUGAAUCGUUGGUCGAAAAAAACUGCUGUUGUGACCGGAGCUAGUUCGGGAAUCGGAGCUGCUAUAGCCGUCGCACUAGCUAAAGAGGGUAUGAUUGUGAUCGCGUUGGCGAGACGUGUUGAACGCUUAGAGCAGCUUAAAACGAAAGUGCCAAGUGGAUCCAAGGGAGCGUUACAUGUUCGACAGUGUGAUGUGACUAAUGAAAGUGAAGUUAAAGCAACAUUCAAUUGGGUAAAUGCUACGUUCGGCGGGACUGACGUACUGGUGAACAAUGCGGGAAUUGUCAGAACAGGGAAUUUAGUUGAUGCGGAUAAUACGAAACCGAUUCGUGAGGUGGUUGAAACAAAUAUUAUGGGCGUUAUGUACUGUACACGAGAGGCCUUUCAGUCAAUGAAAAGUCGCAAUGCAAACGGUCACGUCAUUAUCAUCAACAGUAUCGUUGGACACAAAGUUCCCAUAUUUGUUGGAAUAAUGCCAUCGUUCAACAUUUAUCCGGGGACCAAACAUGCAGUUUCUGCUAUGACGGAGGUCUUCCGUCAGGAAUUUCAAGAGCAAGGAACUAAGACGAAAAUCACUAGUAUUAGUCCCGGUGUUGUGGAGACUGAGAUAUUCCAACCGGAGCAUGUGGAAUUAAUAAAGCAGAUGCCUCACCUAAAAUCAGAGGAUAUUGCCGAUGCAGUUGUCUACGUUUUGGGGACACCACCCCAUGUUCAGGUACACGAAUUGACCAUAAAACCAGUUGGCGAAAAAUUCUAAAACCUUAUUUCCCGUCGAAAGUGUUAUGAAGUGUGUUAGCACAAUACUAAUUGGUUAAGAGGAAGGUAUUGCUAUUAACACUAGACAUAAUUGAAAAACCUUGAAACCGAAACAAACAAAAAUGAAAUUCAUCCAUUUGAAUGUCAAGGUACGGAUUUUUUGUGUGUGUACCGGUUCACGUUUCUGAACACGCAAUUUAAAGCAAUUAAAUCUAAGACAAAAAAAAGGUCGUACCAAUAAUUGUGGUUAUUGGAUAGACUAUGGUGACAGUUAGGAACUUUAUUCUUUAAAAAUAAAACAAUUUUAGCUCUUCAAA